GCUUCAAAUAUAAUAUAUAUAGGAAAUAACAUCACACACGAUUUGGAACUGUUGUUGUGUUCAAAAGUUGUUAGAUUUUUAUAGCAAAAAUGAAAAUGAUCAUUUUUGCAUUUGCAUUAGCUUUCUUAGCUGAGACUUACGCCCAAGUGCCAUCUUUUUCUUGUCCUGAUGUGUCUGUGGUACAAAAUUUCCAACCGUCCAAAUAUGCUGGUACAUGGUAUGAACAGAAGAAAUAUCCAUUUAUUUUCGAAAUAGGAGGCAAAUGCAUUACCGCUGAAUAUUCUUUGAACCCCAAUGGUACUGUCGGAGUACUGAAUCAACAGAUCAACGUUUUAACAGGCAAGCCAAGUUCAAUCCAGGGUUCUGCUCGUUUGGAUUCCACUACUGGUGAAGGAAAGUUGUUGGUUAAUUUUCCCAGCGUACCAUUUAACGUUGAUGCACCAUACUGGAUACUAGCCACUGACUACGAAAGGUAUGCAGUGGUGUGGUCUUGCACUAAAGUUCCUCUGAUUGGAUCUACAAGAAAUGCUUGGAUUCUCACUCGUGAAAGAAACCCUGCCAAACAUAUCAUCGACGAAGCAUUGAGUGUUUUCGAAAAGCAAGACCUGUCUACAAACAUUCUGAAGACUACAGACCAAGAAAAUUGUUAGCAACGAUAGUUGUUUGACCAAAUAAUUUAAUGAUAGCAAUUAUUUCGCAUCCAUUUUCUUGAAUAAAAAUUACUCCGAAUGAGUUUCAAUUUUAUUUCUGA